AAAAACUGAGCUCGCAUCAAUUGCGGGACAACUCGCCUAGCAGUGCUGUGUUGCUGAGUUUUCCGCUGCCGUUAUAUUUCGAUUGCUGUAUUGGUGGCGAGGCAGCAUGCGGUUGUUCGUAAUGUUGGAUCAGUCCGGAUUCUGACUCGUCUGUGAUUAUGUCGAAGCGCCACCAUUACGAUUUCGACGACGACAUCCUGCAGGUGAUCCCUCUCGGUGCCGGAUGCGAAGUCGGGAGGUCAUGCAUCUUCCUCAAGUUCAAGGGCCGCACGGUGCUGCUCGACUGCGGCCUGCACCCGGCACACACCGGCAUAUCUGCCCUCCCGCUGUUCGACAACGUGGAUCUGUCGUCGGUUGAUCUCUGCCUGGUGACGCACUUCCACGUGGACCAUGCGGGCGCGGUGCCCUAUCUCCUCACCCAGACGUCCUUCAACGGCCGCAUCUACAUGACCCAGCCCACCAAGGCCAUCUGCCAGCUCAUCUGGCAGGACUACUCACGGGUGUCGCGGUACGCCAUGAGCUCGGGAGAGGGCAACAGGUCCGGCCUCUUCAGCGAGGAGGACAUCACGGCCGCAAUGGAGCAGUGCUACACGAUGGACUUCCACCAGCAGAUGGAACACAAGGGCAUCAGAUUCACUGCCUUUGGAGCGGGCCACGUACUGGGCGCCUGUAUGUUCUUGGUGGAGAUCGCUGGCGUGCGGGUGCUCUACACGGGUGACUACUCUAGGGAGGAAGACCGGCACAUGCCCCGGGCAGAGCUGCCGCCCCUCCAUGUCAGCUAAGGGCCACUCAUGGACCACGCUGACUCGUGGCAAUCAGUCACCUGUGCGUCCGUGUGUGUGUGUGUUGUCAGGUGAAUGUGUUGAUAUGCGAGUCUACAUACGGCAUCGCCAUUCACGAGCCGCGCAGGGAGCGUGAGAUGAGGUUCCUCAAGGCCGUCCACUCGAUUGUGCGGCGCGGCGGCAAGUGCCUCCUGCCGGUCUUUGCCCUCGGCCGCGCACAGGAGCUGCUGCUGAUGUUGGACGAGUACUGGGACGCCAAUCCUGACCUCAAGGACCAAGUAAGGGGCAGCUGCGUGGAUGACAGAUGUACUGGCUCGUCUGGAUCUCUCUGCGUGUGUGCGUGUGUGUGUGGUCAGGUGCAGAUCUUGUAUGCGUCGCCGAUAGUGUUCAAGUGCAUGAAGGUCUUCGAGACCUUCAUCAACUUCUGCGGCGAGCCUGUCAGGCAGGUGAGCGGGGAGUGGGCGAUGGAUUAAUGCGACACAGCCACUGAUGUGUCCGUUUCGAUCUCACCAGGUAGCGGACCAGGGUGUGAAUCCGUUUGAGUUCAAGUACGUCAAGACCAUCCAGCGCAUCACCGAGGGAUACAGAGACUGGGUCUACCAGCCAGGUACGCCACACAAGAAACACAAAGUCACCGGCCUAUUCGCAUGUGAUGCUGUGUGUGUUGUUCGGCAGGUGUGCCGUGUGUGGUGAUGGCCGCCCCAGGGAUGCUGCAGAGCGGACUGUCGCGAGACCUCUUCGAAGCAUGGGCACCCGACAAGUGAGGGCGUGUCGACACACACACACAACGAACGCCGGUCUGACGAGCGCGUCGUGAAUGCACGAAUGUGGGUUAUGUGUUGCUUCAGGCGGAAUGGUGUGAUCAUGACCGGGUAUUCCGUCAAGGGCACCCUCGGCUCACAGCUCAAGUCAGAGCCUGUCGAGAUACAGAGCCAAGACAAAAGCGUCCAAGUAAGGCAUGCUUGAAGUUGCACACGUGUCAGUUCACGGAUGUCCGUUUGCUGUGUGUGCAGGUGAGCUGUUCGGUGGAGUUCAUAUCCUUCUCUGCCCACGCCGACUUCGAGCAGACUCGUGAGUUUGUGGAGCAGCUCAAGACCCCAAACGUGGUGCUCGUGCACGGAGAGAAGGACGCCAUGGCCAGGCUCAGGAACAAACUGCAAGUGAGAGAGGGGCGACACACGGAAGAGCAAACAGUCCAUAACACAAUCUUCAUUCCCCUCUUGUCGUUCCUCCCUCCCUCCCUGAUUGAUUUCUGGCAUGCAGGAGUUGCAUCCCUCCCUGACGGUGAUGACGCCAGACUUGGUGCAGAAGGUCGACCUGGAGUUCCCCCGUGACAGGCAGGCCCUGGUCGUCGGCAAGCUGGCACAACAGCUGGAAGACGCCACCGCAGAGCCGCCCAGUAAGAGGCUGCAGCCCAUGACCAAUGGACAGCAGCCGGCACCAGCAGCAGCGGCACCAUCAGCUCAUGUGGAGGGUGUGCUGGUGGUCGACAAGAAGCAGGAGCCGCUGCUGGUGCACCCGGACGAGUUGGCACUCUACAGCGACGUUAAGGUGUCGUCUUUGGAGGAGGUCUUGCGGGUGGACUUCCCACUGUCUGGUGAGCUGCUCGAGGGCGCCUUGAGGGACCUUUAUGAGGACAUUGACGUGACUGUGGAUAAGGACGUGAGGGAGCUGCUGGUCAAUGGCGCGGUGCGGGCGAGAGUCGACACUGCAAAGAAGACGCUCGAACUGAGAUGGAAGGUAGGUAUGGGGGCGGAAUAGAUGGAUGGAUGGAUGGAUGGAUGGCAGCCGACACGCCAUGUGUAUGCCUGGUGUGUAUGCGUGUCUAUGGUACAGGGGUCUCCGCUGAACGAUCUGGUUGCGGAUUCCAUCUCGUUCACGGCACUGGAGCUCAUCAAGAAGCCGACGCCCCACCAGGCCCUGCAGUGGGCGGAGAGGGGCGGCGACGACGAGGGCCGCAUAUUCGAUGUGGUGGAGUGUUACGUGCGGGAGAACUACAGCGAUGUGGAGGUGGACAGGGAGGCGCGGCAGAUAGACAUGGAGGCGGAGGGCAAAGUCAAAGUCCACAUCGACUUCCCCAACAGAAAGGUCCGCUUCAUCCCAUCCACACAGCACGGGGGGCUCUUUUUCGUGGGCAUGCAUUGUACUGACUUUGUGUGUGUGUGUGUGUGUGUGUGUGUUGGUGACCCAUUCAUGACAGGUCGAGUGUGAGCGUGCUGAAGUGGCGGUCAAGGUGCGCCAGGGGCUGAGGAGGUGCGAGGCCGCCAUGAUCCCUAUCUCAUCCGCAUAGCCAGAACAGAUGGAUGGACCGAUAAAGGGGCUGAUUGACGCGGUCAGUGUGUAUUGUGGGUGCAUCGAUUGUGUGUGAUGUGACGCCGACUAAUGAGUCAUGUCACCCAGAUAGAAAACUUCAUAAGAUUGACAGAUCUC